AUGGCGCGGAUUCCACUCCUCAUGCUGCUGGUCAGCACCGUUCUGCAACCUGCAGUGGCCGUGUACCAAUUGAUCCAAGACUACUCCGGCGACGCCUUCUGGCAAGGCUUCGACUUCUUCACCGACCCGGAUCCAACCGAUGGCCUCGUACAAUUCCAAUCUCUGGAGCAGGCAAAUGCAACAGGCAUAGCAGGAUUUAUAGAAGGAGGAAAUGCAUCUUUCGCCAUCUACAUGGGUGUGGACACUGAAAAUGUCGCUCCGCAGGGUCGAGCCAGUGUACGCGUCUCAUCGUCACAAUCUUUCCAACAUGCUUUGGUCAUUGCCGAUAUUGUUCACAUGCCCGGGGGCGUCUGUGGUAGCUGGCCUGCGUUUUGGAUGGUAGGCGCAAACUGGCCGAACAACGGAGAAAUCGACAUCGUCGAGGGAGUCAAUGAUCAACCGACCAACUCCAUGACAUUGCAUACCGGACAAGGCGCAGUGGUCAGCAACGGCACCGACUUCUCGGGUGAACUGAUUACAUCGAACUGCGACGUCAACGCCCCCGACCAACCGAUGAACGCAGGUUGUUCAAUCGGCGACAUGUCCAAUUUGACCUUUGGGCCUGAAUUCAAUCAGGCCGGGGGAGGUGUGUUUGCAACUGAGUGGACGGCAGAUUUCAUCAAAAUAUGGUUCUUCCCGCGAGGCACCUUUCCCGAUGACAUUGUCAGCAGUAAUCCAGCCCCGUCUGAAAACUGGGGUACCCCAAACUCGCUGUUCCAAGGAUCAUUCAAUCUCGACGAUCAUUUCAACAAUCUCCAGAUCGUGUUCGACACGACCUUCUGCGGUCAGUGGGCUGGUGCCGUCUGGAACACAUCUUCCUGCGCAUCUCUGGCACCCACCUGCGAAGAAUAUGUGGCGAACAAUCCCGCGGACUUUGCCGAUGCUUACUGGGCCAUCAAUACCUUGCAGGUCUUCCAAGAUGAUGGUCUGGGGGGCAGCAACGCAACGGCAAAUCCGGUGCAGGCAAAACGCGGGGCUGCGGGAACGGAGUAUGGGCGCCUUCCAAAGCUUCGACGGAGAUCUGGGAAAAGAGUCCUCCCAAUCUAUUCGUGA